AAAAAAAUUACUUGCCCCUGAUAGGAAAUUUUCAACCCUUAGUUGGAAAUUACUCACUGUUGAUUUUUUACAUUUCAGAUGAAAGCCAGAAGUCUUCAAAGAAAUUGCAUUUGAAUGAAAACCUUACAGUAUCUACAAAAGUCCCACAGCUUCAAAGCAGAAAGCUGCAGGAAUCACCAAUACUCAAACCAAGUGUUCAAAAUGACGCAUUUAUUGAACAGAAAGGAAUGCAAACACAUAGGUUUCCAUAUGAGAAAGUGAAGGCUGGCGAUACACAGUUAGGGAAAGCAAUGACACUUGUGAAGUCAAAGCAGCAAAGAGAUAAGAAAGGAAAAGUGCUUUUAGAAGGGAAAAGAUUGAUCACAGAUGCCAUUCUAGCAGGAGCAGUCAUAGAGACCAUCUACUUCUGCCGACAUGAAGCCUUAGAAGAUGUACCGGUGGAUUCUUUGGAUGCAAAGUUUGUCAAAGUUCCUCAGAAAGAUGUGAGCAUGUGGUCAGAUGUGGCUUCUCCACAAGGAAUUCUAGCUGUCUGUAAAAAACCAGAUACAGAAAAACUUUGUUUGCUGCAAGAUGAGAUGCAUUUACCAGUGACCCUGAUCUGUGAUAAUAUACGAGAACCUGGAAACUUAGGGGCACUACUGAGGUCUGCUGCUGCUGUUAACUGCCGCAAUGUUCUUGUCACGAAAGGUUGUGUUGAUACCUGGGAACCAAAGGUCCUCCGUGCUGGUUGUGGUGCACACUUUCGAAUUUCAAUCCAAUCAAACAUCAGCUGGAAAGAAAUGCACUUGUACUUGGACAGUUACAAAAUAGCGCAAGUGCACGUAGCAGAUGGGAAUUUCACGGAGAGAGAACAAAGGGACUAUGAAUCGUAUAUACAGAGAAAAGGCCCAGUGGUUUUAGAAAAAAAAUCGGAUAAAAUUUUGAUGCAGAAUUUAGCUGCUGUUUUACCAAUAAUUGCUGUUGAAGCAUAUUUUCAAUUAGACUGGACAAAUCCCUGUGCUCUUGUUAUAGGAGGUGAAAGCCAUGGCUUAAGUCUUGAAGCCGUUGAACUUUGUGAAAAAAGUGAUGGAAGUAAAGUCUUCAUUCCAAUGUCAAAUGGAAUGAAUAGUUUAAACUCUGCACAUGCAGCAAGUAUUAUACUAUACGAGGCUAGGAGGCAACUAAUAGAGAAAUCACCAAGGUAGAAAUUUUCUUGUACAGGUACAGGUCUCCUGUGUAGUCUCCCGGAAAUUGGUAUCAUCCUCUGUACUCCCACAAGCAUGCACAAAUCUUCCUGUAACUUGGCCAUCUCCACAAAUCCAUGAUGUUUGCAUAUUUUUACUACUGUAUUAUAAAUUCUCAGAUGGCUCCGGUGCCACCAAAAUAUUAGAUGUGUUACGGAAAAUCAUUAAACCAGAUUUCCCAACAGCAGCUUCUCUGAAUUUAGAAACCCUUACUUCCAACCAGUGGUGGCUCCAGAAAUUCGCAGACAGUGGGUCCGAACCAAUUGGCCGAAUAGAGCCUCAGUUGGGAUCCCGUAAUAACAAAUAUCUGGUAGGGUUUACAGGUAGAGCUUUUAUGGCUUAUUAUGUCCCAAAUUGUGCUGUUAGACCACAAUAUUUGGGAUAGACAAUUUUUAAUUUUUGAUCCCUGCUCCCCCGCUGACAUUACCCUAUAGGCUCACACUUUUAUCAAAGUAAUACAAGUAUAGUAUAUGUGGAUGAUAGUCAACAUCAUAACAGAAAUCCUCCAUAUGCAAGACAAUGAUUCAAAAAUAGCAUAACGUUUUAUUAGCUUAAUAAAUAUUCAAAACAAC